AUGCGUCUCUGGAUCGGACCUCUGGUGCUGGUGGUGGCCUUCUUCGAGCAAGGCAGGGCGCAAGGCGAGGAAUGUGCGAUGAUGCAGACCAAAGACUAUCUGACGCGACAGGCUGCAAAGCCUGAGCAGCAGCCAAGUCGAUCGGACGAGCUGCCUGGAGAUGACAAGACAAUCUCGAAAGCUGCUUGGGGCAAGGCCCUUGAGUCUUGGAAGAGAGCUGGAGAAGUGGACCACAUCAGACAUGGGAUGAAGCUUGAACCAGCACAGGAUGCACGGCCUGUUGCAGAAGAGGACAUGAAGUCAAAGAUCGCCGAAGUGAGACAAGCACAGGAAGAGUUCAUUCGGGCUACAGACAUGUGGAGACGUGCCGGGGAGGUGACCAAGGACGAACCGCGUUAG